CAUCUCGUGAUCCACACUCACAGCGAAUAUCAACCACCACAUGCUGCUAGGAUUGACCGAUUGAGCCAGCCAAAGGCAGCGGCGACGACCGGCAAGUCGACCCCCGGCGCGGCGACCCGUACCCCUGCCUCGUCGCUGGCGAAAGAGAUGGACACCGAGAAGCUUCGCUUCAUCGAGGAGGUGACCACCAACGCGGACGCCGUGCAGGAGCGCGUCCUGGGGGAGAUCCUCGCCCGCAACGCCGAGACAGAGUACCUCGGCAACAAGUGCGACCUCGCCGGCGCCACCGACCGCGCCACCUUCCGGGCCAAGGUUCCCAUGGUGGAGUACGAGGACCUCCUGCCGUACAUCCGCCGCAUCGCCAACGGCGACCGCUCGCCCAUCCUCACGGGGCCGGGGCACCCCGUCACCGAGUUCUUCACCAGCUCCGGCACGUCGGGCGGCGAGCGCAAGCUGAUACCCACCGUCGAGGAUGAGUUCCACCGCCGCAUGAUGCUGGGCGGCCUCAUCAAGCCCGUCAUCAUCCAGUAUGUGUCUGGGUUUGAUGAGGGGUGUGGCCUCUACUUCCACUUCGCCAAAUCGGAGACGACGACGCCGGGAGGCCUGCCGGCGCGGACGGUCCUGACGAGAUUGUUCAAGAGCGAGGCAUUCCAGAAGCUCCCUCCCGGCGCCCUCACGAGCCCCGUGGCGGCCAUCCUCUGCCCGGACGCGUUCCAGAGCAUGUACGCGCAGGUGCUCUGCGGGCUGUGCCAGCGCCACCGCGUGGUGCGCGUCGGCGCCGCGUUCGCCUCCGGCGUCCUCCGGGCCGUCCGCUUCUUCCAGCAGAACUGGGAGCAGCUCGCCGCCGACAUCGAGGCCGGCGAGCUCACCGACCGCGUCACCGACCCGUCGGUGCGCGAGGCGGUCGCCGGCAUCCUCCGGCCGGACCCCGAGCUCGCCCAGUUCGUCCGCGCCGAGGGCUCGGGGUCCAAUGGCGACAGCGGGGCCGGGAUUAUCGCACGGAUCUGGCCCAACACCAAGUACCUCGACACCGUCGUCACCGGCUCCAUGGCGCAGUACGUCCCGAUCCUGAAUCACUACAGCGGUGGCUUGCCGAUCAUUUCCAAGAUGUACGUGUCCUCGGAAGCCUCCGUCGGCAUCAACCUCUCCCCGAUGUGCGAUCCGUCCGAGGUAUCCUACACCAUCAUGCCCACCAUGGCCUACUUCGAGUUCCUGCCCGUCGACGCCGCCGCCGGAGACGCACCGGCGGCGAGCCACCUGCUAGUGGAGCUCGCCGGCGUGGAGGCUGGGCGGGAGUACGAGCUGGUGGUCACCACCUACGCCGGGCUGUACCGGUACCGCGUCGGCGACGUCCUCCGUGUGACGGGCUUCCACAACGCGGCGCCGCGGGUCCGGUUCGUGCGCCGCAGAAACGUGGUGCUGUCCAUCGAGUCCGACAAGACCGACGAGGCCGAGCUGCAGCGCGCCGGGGAGCGCGCGUCGGCGCUGCUCCGCCGGCACGGCGGCGGCGCCGUGCUGGACUACACCAGCCGGGCGUGCGCCGAGACCAUCCCGGGGCACUACGUCAUCUACUGGGAGCUGAUGGUCGUCGGCGACGGGGGCGAGAGCGUGGACGACGACGGUGACGUGCUGGGCCGGUGCUGCCUGGAGAUGGAGGAGGCCAUGAACUCGGUGUACCGGCAGAGCCGGGUGGCGGACGGCUCCAUCGGGCCAUUGGAGAUCCGGGUCGUCCGGUCGGGCACCUUCGAGGAGCUCGCCGACUACGCCGUCUCCCAUGGCGCGUCCAUCGGACAGUACAAGGUCCCCCGACGCGUGACCGCGCCAGGCGUCAUCCAGCUGCUCGACUCGCGCGUCAUCUCGAGCCAUUUCAGCCCUGCCUUGCCGCACUGGGCACCGGCUCACACGUUGAACUCGACCGGAGACAGACAGAAAUGUUCAGCUUCUGCAUAAAGGGAGAAACUUCCAAAGUUCCAAGUAUGGAUCCUGCCGGACUGGCAUCGUAGGUUGUGUUUAUGGAUAGAAUCAUAAAAAGAAAGUAGAAGAAGCUCUUUCAAUUUUCUCCUUCCAUAAUCAUCAUGACCUUCCAUCAACACGACUUGCUUCUCGA